GUGAUUGAACAUUGCAGUGUUAAGUGUCAAAGGAAUCAGAAAAUGUAAUGAUUAUAAUUGAACAACAGAGGACACAUUUCAAUUAAAUCAUAUCCAUAAUUCUACAUUAUUUUGUCAGUGUGAGAGCCGUAUUGAUCUACUUAUGGAUCGAGCUUUAUGUCUAAACAAAGACAAUAAAGAUUCAUCUGAUAUUUGUUUACUUGCGUAAUUAUAAUAGAAGCUAUUGCAAUGGAAGAUAUAAGCUCAUCGCCAGAAGAGCACACAGCUUCUGAAGGAGAGGAAGCUAGAAAAAUAACCAGAGAAUCACCAGGAAAUCACAAUGAUCAAGGUUUUCCUCGGGCGACCUCUUCCGCGAACAUUUCACAGUUAGAAGAAAAAAUGCGUCGUAAGCUGCAGUUUUUCUUUAUGAACCCGAUCGAGAAGUGGCAGGCCAAGCGGAAGUUUCCAUACAAGUUCAUCAUACAACUCAUCAAGAUAGUACUGGUGACGUUUCAGCUAUGUUUGUUUGCUCACAACAGAUACAAUCACGUCAACUAUACUGAAGAUAACAGGGUGAGCUUCUCACACUUAUUUCUCCUUGGCUGGGACUCUACGCGCGAAAUCAACGCGUACCCGCCCGGCGCAGGCCCAUUGGCCGUCUACAAAUUGGACGAAUUCUAUAAUGCCCUGGACUAUGCUUACGCUGGCUACUAUAAUCUAUCCAAUGCCAUUGGACCAUACUCUUACAAUGAUGAAAAUAAUAAUCCACCCCCUCCAGUAUUCUGCCAGUUCAACUACAAAAGAGGUAUUAUAAACGGCUUCAAUGAAAGUUAUGAAUUUAAUGCAGAAAUAGUGUCCUCAUGUGUUAAUUUCACUAAAACUGAAGGGCUCUUCAGCUCCCAAAACUUCAUCAAAGAUUCAAACUUAGAAGUUGAUUUUGCAUCUUUAGUUAGAGCUGAACUAAUGUUUUCUAUUAAAACUAUAAACUUCAGAGCUGCAGGCCCCAUAACUCCACCGGACUGCUUCCGAUUUGAUGUUGCUAUAGUUUUUGACAAUGAAGACCACGAUGGUCAAAUGUCUUUGAGUUUGGAAGCCGAACCAUAUAAACUAACUUGUAAAGGAGACAAAGAAUAUGUGACAGACAACAAAAUAGAUCAGAUAUUACGAAGCAUCCUCAACAUCCUAGUUAUUUUGAUUUGCUCUAUGUCACUCAUGCUGUGCAGUCGGGCAAUUUACCGAGCUCAACUUUUAAAAGAGCUUACAGUCCAAUUCUUCCGACAGGCCUACAAUAAGGAACUAAGUCUGGAUGGAAGACUAGAAUUCCUAAAUGUUUGGUACAUCAUGAUCAUUGUCAAUGACAUCCUAAUUAUCAUGGGCUCAUCCAUCAAGGAGCAAAUAGAGCGCAACCAGUUCACCAAUGACCAAUGGAAUGUCUGCUCAUUAUUUUUAGGCACUGGAAACCUGUUGGUUUGGUUCGGAGUACUAAGAUACUUAGGCUUUUUCAAGACCUAUAAUGUCGUCAUCCUAACAUUAAAGAAAGCUGCUCCUAAGAUAUUCAGAUUCUCAAUAUGUGCACUCCUCCUUUAUGCAGGUUUUACUUUCUGUGGUUGGUUAAUACUAGGACCUUAUCACAUGAAAUUCCGUUCACUUGCUACCACCUCUGAAUGUCUUUUCUCUUUAAUAAACGGAGAUGAUAUGUUUGCUACGUUCUCAGUCAUGUCCAAGAAAUCCCACUUACUUUGGUGGUUCAGCCGCAUAUACCUGUACUCAUUCAUCAGUUUGUACAUAUAUGUUGUUCUGAGCUUGUUCAUUUCAGUCAUUAUGGAUGCAUAUGACACUAUUAAACAGUACUAUAAGGAGGGUUUCCCUAAGAGCGAUUUGCAUACGUUCAUGGGUGCUCCGCGGUGUGACGACGUGUCAUCGGGCCUUUACCGCACUCAGAGUUCGUCAUCCCUCAAUGCUACUAUGAAUUCAUUGUUUUGCUGUAACUUCUACAGAAGUGCAUACUCUAAGAUAGAAGGGGGCGGAUCCGGUUUAAACCUGUUGUAGAUAAAGUUAAUUAAACCGUGUUGUUAUUAAUGAAUGUACAUAGUAUAUUAUCUGUGAAUAGUAUUUAUAAAGAGUGUCAAUAUAAUAAUAAAAAAUCAUACUGUUCGUCUAUAAACAAUCUCUAAGAGAACCCAUAAGAAAACUUGAAACAGUGGCAAUGGUUUUAAAUUUAAUUUAAUUUGACUUCUCUAAUCACUACAAGAUAGUAUUUGCUGUUUCAGAGGCAUGAAUUAGCGUUUAACAUUGGCACUGUUUAUAAUUGCCUAGUCUCUGAUUAUCUAUAAGUGUUUGUAUGAUAUUAGAUAUUAUCUGUAUAUGUCGCAAUCAUUAGAAAUUAGGGCAGUUAUGAGGUAGCUUCGAGGCUGAUAUGUUGAAAUCCCAAAGUUAACCUUUAGAGGGUUUACAUUUACAGUCAAUUGCAGAUUUAUCUAAACUGUCAAAAGAGCUCAAACUAUCUGCAUGUACUCGUAACACUAAUUUGUGUAGAUACAGGUAUUUUCUGCUGACUGUACUUAAAUUUAGUUACCAAAGGAAGAUUAUUUCUUGCCUAUCUUAGUCAAAUUAAAAUAGUGCAUAGAUGAAAUACCUAUAUCUAUGAACAAAAAUAUAGUUUUUAAGAAUGUAAAAAUGUAGUUCAGAUACCUACUGGUAUCAUAUUUUUAACAUAUUAUUGAACGUUAUAUUACAUUAUAUUAGACAUAACAAAUGAAUAUAUUUAUUUUAUAUUCAAUAAUACACAUAGUUCCAUCAUUAUCAUGAAUUAUGGUAGAAACUUAACUUUUUAUAUUUCCUCAUUUAAUUUUAUCCAUAUUAGGUUAAUUCCUAUCUUCCAUUUUUGUAUUGUGCAUGUUUUUUUAUUGAAUAAUACAUAUUAACAUUUAUUUCCUUUUCAAUAAAAUAAAGAAUGUUUUUGCACGAUUCACCACCUUUUUGCAUAUACAUAGAGUCGGAUCGAGCUAAGUUGGUUUGAUAGCCCAGCCUGUGCAAGUGUUAAGUAAACAUCUUCAUUUUAAUAGAAGUUUGAUGCUUAACACUUGCACUAUCUGGGCUGUCAAAAUCGCUGCAAACUUAACUUGGUCUGACUCUAUAUAUGUAUUUUGUUUAAUGUCGCUAACAAUAGUUCUAAAGAUUGUUAGCGAGACUUGGUGAAAAUAACUUACUUUUUAAUUGUAAGUCAUCAUUUUAGUAUAAAUAUGUGUUUGGAUGGUACAAGCAAUUUUAGUUUUAUUUUUGUUAAAAUAAAAUUCAAGAUAGCUUUUCUACCUACCAGUAGUUUAACUUUAUUUUAACAGGGUCUUCCCCAAAAUUAUCACAUAUUUUAUUUUAGAAAUAGAGAAAGAAUAUCAAUUAAUAAACACAUUAUUAUAAAUGUAUAACUCGCUAAUUCUUCAAACUAGAGCAUGUAAUGUAAUAUAAACGUACCGAACAGAACAAUGAGAAAGUCAUAUUUAUGUAUAAUUCUAUACAUCUAGAAAUAUACCUAUUUUUCUACCUA